UGCCGAGUAUUCGAAUGAGAGCUCGCGCGUCCUGCCCUUCUGCAGCAUUUGUAAAACCACCACCGCGGUCCUCCUGAGCUUCACGGAACCAUCGCGCAAUCGCAGCUCGGACGUCAGUUUGUAGGAGCAAUCCUUUGAUAGCAUUGGUUGACGUACAUUGUCUGAACAGAAAGGUCUUAACUCUAGAGUGGAAUCACUGCUUUGCUAGUUGUUGAGCUCUGCGCGUGAAAGGCUGGCUGGUUUGUGGGGUGCUAGUGGAGAUUGGAGGAGGAGCAUUGCGAGGUUGAGUUUGUGCCCGUUUGUGGGGUUGGGUCUAGUCGAGAGCCAGCUUUUUGGGGUCUGAAGGAUGUGAAGCAGAGAUUUCGGUGAGGAGGAGCAUGUGUGUAGGUGAUUUUUCUUAGGGAGCAGUUGGUGGGAGGCAGAUAGGCAGAGAUGUCUGGUGGUCGUAAGCUUGUUGUAGAGAUCACCUCGGCCAGGGAUCUUAUGCCCAAGGAUGGGCAGGGCUCAUCGAAUGCGUAUUGUGUGGGGGUUACUUGUGAGGUCUUCCUUUCGGAGAAUGUCCUCCCCCGUAAAUUAGCGCCAUUUUCAAGCGAAUUGCAACAGCUGUGAUUAUUCUAGUGUUGAUAACGUGCCUGACCCACAGCUGGACUACGACGGUCAGCGGAAGCGAACCAAGGUGAAGACGAAGGAUCUUGAUCCAACAUGGAACGAGAAGUUUGAAUUUUUGAUCCAUGAUCCGUCCAUGCCUGGAGACUUGGAAAUCAAUGUCCAGAAUGAUAGGAACAACGGAACUGGGAGGCGGAGUAGCUUCUUGGGACGAGUGGUUGUUCCUGUUAGUACUGUACCUCCGAAACCAGAGGGUGUGAAGUGGCACCCAUUGCAAAAGAGAGGACUCUUCUCGCACAUCAAAGGCGACUUGGGGCUCAAAGUUUGGUGGGCGGUGGAUGAGCCUCCAAAGUCUGAUGGCGAGAAGAAAAAGAAAGAAGGUAAGGCAGAGGGGGCCAAAGAGGAGAAGGAGGGAGGUGGCGGUGGAGGCGGCAAGAAACAGAACAAGGACGGUGGUGGAGGAAAUGCUGCCGAAGAUGGAAAUGAUGGAAAUGAGGAUACCAAACCUAAAGGUGGUGGUGGAGGUGGCGAAGACAAGCCCAAGAAUGGAGGUGGAGGUGGUGAGCAGAAUUCAAAAGGGGGCGGUGGAAACGCUAGCGGUGGUGGUGCUGGCAAAUCCAAAGAGGUCAAGAGAGAAGCCAAGGCGGACAACCAACCGCAGAUGCCAAGACCCUCUCUAAUUACCGUUCCCGAGGCAGAUUUCACUGUGAAAGAGACGAACCCCGAUUUAGGAAAAGCUGUAGAUUACAGACAGCAUUUUGAUCUGGUUGAGCAGAUGUCCUAUCUCUUUAUCCGCGUGGUAAGGGCACGGGGCCUCAUGGGGAAGGAUGCGAACGGGUUAAGCGAUCCUUAUGUUCGCAUAACAGUAGGAGCUGUGAGAACGGAGACGAAGAUCAUCAAGCACAAUCUUAACCCAGAGUGGAACCAAGUGUUUGCUGUGGGGAGGGAUAAGGUUCAAGGCGGAACUCUUGAAUUGUCCGUCUGGGACGCGGACAAGCAAUCUAAGGAUGAUUUUCUCGGCGGAUUUAUGAUUGCCCUCUCCGAGGUUCCCGUACGAAAGCCUCCAGAAAGCCCUCUUGCACCGCAAUGGUACAGGCUAGAGUCGAAGGCUGGACCGGGAAGAGUGAGAGGGGAGAUUAUGGUCGCAAUAUGGUGGGGAACCCAAGCUGACGAGGUGUUUCCCGAGGCCUGGCAGUCGGACACUGGUGGCCAUGCUAUGUUCCGAUCUAAAACGUAUCUUUCACCAAAGCUUUGGUACUUGCGGGUGAAUGUCAUAGAAGCCCAAGAUUUGGGUGGAAUGGAUAAAGGGCGAGUUCCAGAUCCGUUUGUCAAAGCUCAAGUUGGUCCGUACCAAAUGCUGCGAACAAGACCAGCUAGUGUGAGAAGUUCCAGUCCAUUCUGGAACGAAGACUUGAUGUUUGUUGCCUCAGAGCCAUUUGAGGAUUGGCUGCUUCUACUGGUUGAAGACGCGUCGGGUCCAAGGGGCGAAAUUUUGGGUCUCGCGAGGAUUCCUCUCAACACAAUCGAGCGUCGGAUUGAUGGCCGUCCAGUGCCCUCACGAUGGUAUAUCCUAGAAAGAGAGGGUGGGAAGGGAGGACCAUUUUUGGGGCGUAUCCAUCUGAGACUGUGCUUUGAUGGUGGGUACCAUGUUAUGGAUGAGUCGCCCAACCACAUCAGUGACACACGACCCACUGCCAGACAGCUAUGGAGGCCUUCUCUUGGUGUCUUGGAGCUCGGUAUCCAUGGGGCCAACAAUCUACUCCCCAUGAAAACCACCAAAGAUAACCGGGGGACUACUGACGCUUACUGUGUUGCGAAGUAUGGGCCGAAGUGGGUUCGUACCAGAACUAUCUUCGACAGUUUCAAUCCGAGGUUUAAUGAGCAGUAUACGUGGGAGGUUUAUGAUCCUUGUACUGUCAUUACCGUGAGUGUGUUUGACAAUCGUCACACCCACCCGAUGGGACCUGCUCAAGUGAAGGACUUGCCGAUCGGAAAAGUUCGGAUCAGGUUAUCCACUCUCGAAAGUGACCGGGUGUACACAAAUUCAUAUCCUCUGCUGGUUGUUACACCUCAGGGAGUUAAGAAAAUGGGUGACAUAGAAUUGGCAGUGCGGUUAUCUUGUGCAUCAACAGCUAACUUGAUGCACGCUUACCUUCAGCCUCAGUUGCCGCGUAUGCACUUCUUCUACCCAAUUGAUCCAAGACAACAGGAACAGUUACGAGUGGCGGCCAUGAACAUAGUGGCAUUGAGGCUCAUGAGAUCUGAACCUCCAUUGAGGCAGGAGGUUGUUCAAUUCAUGCUCGAUACUGAGGCCGAGCGGUGGAGUAUGCGCAGAAGUAAAGCCAACUAUUUUAGAAUUAUGGGUGUACUUAGUGGCGUUUUGGCAGUAAUGAACUGGUUCUCCGAUAUCUGUAGUUGGAAGAGCCCAGUGACCACAGUUCUCGUGCACAUACUUUUCCUGAUACUAGUUAGAUAUCCGGAGCUCUUAAUGCCUACUGUGUUUUUGUACAUGUUUUUGAUCGGAGCUUGGAACUACCGCUUCCGGUCACGGACCCCUCCCUUUAUGGAUGCGAAACUGUCACAAGGGGAGUACAUCGGCGACUUAGACGAGUUAGAGGAGGAGUUCAAUGUUGUACCAGCUAGUAAAGCGCCAGAGGUAUUAAGGUAUAGAUAUGAGCGGCUGAGAGGAGUGGCUGGUCGUAUUCAAAAUGCACUCGGUGACCUUGCCAGCAUGGGCGAACGGCUUCAUUCGCUCCUUAGCUGGCGUGAUCCCAGGGCCACUGCAAUGUUCAUCACAUUCUGCCUGAUCGCUGCUAUAGUACUCUACGUGACGCCUUUCCAAGUGGUUGCAGUGCUCUUGGGGGUGUAUGCAUUGCGGCACCCUCGGUUUCGCGACCCUUUGCCUGCCCUGCCAAUAAAUUUCUUCAAACGGCUGCCGUCGCAAUCGGACCGUAUACUCUAGUUCAGGACUCCAUUGUUAUUUCUUAACAAAUGUAACCGUGGGACAUUCGCUCACCUCUCAGUUGCAACUUUUUGUACUAUUGUAAUACCUACAUACUGUUCAUUGUAGGAAAAUUUUGUAGACCCUGUCUUAAGUAACCAGCGGAGGCAGAAAGUGUAGAUGAGUUAGAAACUAGGUGUCAGCUAAACUAGAGCGAUUACAACAUGUUCUUCGUCGCAUGCCACAAUUCAUUUAUCGGAUGAAGGCUUACACUAUUUAUACGACUACUGGAUAUUGAAACUG